AUGUCUUGCCCUGGCCGCCUUGUUCGCGAACGAAUUGAUCCCAUCGUCAACCCUGGUGCUGUAUCUGGUCAUCUUCACACGAUCUCUGGCGGCUCUGGUUUUGGCCCCAGCAUGACGUUCGAGCAGGCGCGCAACUCAACAUGCUCUUCUUGCCAGAUCAAGGAGGACAUGUCGAACUACUGGACACCGCAACUAUAUGUCAAGAAAAAGGACGGCACUUUCCAGCCUGUACCCGUGGUUGGUGAUGGCAAGGACGCAAAUGGCGGCAUGACUGUAUACUAUCUCCAACGCGGCGAGGAUGGCGAAAAGCUUCAUGCCUUUCCCGAAGGAUUCCGUAUGCUCGCGGGUGACACUUUCAAGCGUAACUUCACAGGCGGCCUCGAUGCACAAGCUAUCUCAUUUGCCUGCCUCGGUGCUGGAAAAGACGAAACAAACGAAAUACCCAACUACAACUGCCCCGGCGGCCUCCGCGCUCAAAUCUUCUUUCCGGCCUGCUGGAACGGAAAUGAUCUUGACUCAUUAGAUCAUAGAUCCCAUGUCAGCUAUCCUGCUGGUAAAAAUUACAACACCGGCGCCUGCCCGAAGGAGUUCCCCGUUCAUUUGAUUUCAAUCUUCUAUGAGAUUCUCUACGAUAUCGAUCAGUUUGAGGAUCAGUGGACUGGCGACCAGCAUCCCUUCGUGUUCGCGAACGGUGAUCCAACUGGCUACGGCUUCCACGGAGACUUUGUCAAUGGCUGGAAUGUUGGUACACUUCAGAAGGCUGUGGAUACCUGCCUGGACGACUCUGGCGCCGUUUCUAAGUGUGAUGCUGUCACAAUGUACACAGAUGCCGAAUGCAACGCAUGCAAAUUGCCAGAGCUCAUCAAUGAGCAAGUUGACGGGUCUCUCGAAGAGCUCCCUGGAUGCAACCCAAUCACCUCUGGGCCUGAACCUGCCAUUCUCAUCACGGAUUGCGCUGCUACAAAGGUCAUAGGUCCGCCAAAGACCAACUACGUGGACUUGACUUCGAGCAAGCAGUGGGAAUACGUCGGCUGUGGUAAGGACAACAUCGACGGACGAGCUUUCACUGGGGAGAGCACAUCCUCGGACGACAUGACAGUCGAGAAGUGCGUCGACUUCUGCUCCUCGAACGGAUUCUCCUACGCAGGAGUUGAGUAUGGCCGCGAAUGCUUCUGCGACAAUGCCAUGAAGCCGGAGAACGCACCUAAAGAUGGAGUUAUGGGCUCCUGCACUAUGAAAUGUGCUGGUAACAACACGCAAUUCUGCGGUAAUGGCGGUGCAAUGAGUAUCUACCACAAAUGCUCUUCAACGUCGUGUAGGAACGCUCAGAUUGAACGAAGUGGCACCUCAGACAACAAUGCACCGCAACCACCAGCACCGUCGAAGGCCUCUUCCACACAGGCUCCUUCCGCUCAACCCACAAAUGCUUCCGUCACCACCAAGCGCAGUAACACGGCAUAUUCGACCAAAGCGCCUUCCUGCCCGAGAAAUAAUUGCGUAAAUCAGAUCUUCAACCCCACCGCAUCAGUUCCGGCGAAAACAUUCUGUGCCACAUAUACUAAAAGUGCUGUCUUAGCUGCUAGUGCUAUUCCAAAGUACCUAAACAAUUGUGGUGGCAGUGCGGAGAAGGUUAGCUCGGCUUGCUCAUGCUUGAUGUAUCCCACCAAUGCGCCAAAGGCAGGGAGAUAUGCUAGGCAACUGGUAUGAUUAUACAGGUUGGGAAUUCAUGUACAUACAUUAGCACCCAGUUGCAUGGGC